AUGUCAACAGUAUUUCUUUCAAAACUAAGUCAAAAUUAUAUUGAAUUAUUGACAGAUAAUAAAUAUUGUGACGUUACAAAUGAAGUUGGUGAAGACCCUAAUGUGAAAAUCCUUCGUGCUCAUGUAAAUAUUUUAUGUUGUCGUUCUCCAUAUUUACGACGAACGUUGGCUUCUAAUAAAAAAAUUAAAAAUAAUGGUUUAACUCAUAUUGAACUACCAAACAUAUCACCUGAAAUCUUCCAAAUUAUUUUAAAGUAUAUUUACGGUGGUAUUCUUUCAUUAAAUGAUCAUGACAAUUUAGAGAUUUUUAAGGUAUUAUUAGCUGCGGAUGAACUACUUAUUCAAGAAUUAGUUGAUUAUUUACAAAAGUAUUUUAUUGAAAAUAAAUCUAAAUGGAUGGAACAUCAUUUUGGAUUUAAAAUAUUUAAAUCGCUUGAUGUCACUUUACUUCCUGAAAAAACUUUAGUUCAAGUCAUUCAAAGAGAUGAUUUACAAAUGAAAGAAGUUAAAGUUUGGGAACGUGUAUUAAAAUGGGGUCUUGCUCAAAAUCCCAAAAUUUUUUCAGAUCCUAAUACUUGGUCAAAUGAUGAUUUCAAAACAAUGAAAAAUACUUUAAAAAAUUGUCUACCUUUUAUUAAUUUCUUUAAUUCAUCACCUAAAGAUUUUCAAUUAGUUCGUCCUUAUGAAAAACUCUUAAAACUUCGACUUUAUGAAGAAUUAUUAAAUUCUCAUUUGGUCUCUAAUAGUAAGCCGAUCGUUGGUACUAUAAUUCCAAAGAAUUUUACAAUUGAUGGAAAUAUUGAUUCAAAUAUUGUUUAUAAUUUAGGAAUUAUUACAACUAUUUUGAAUCAUAUUGAUGAUAUGGAUAUUGAUUCUGCUCAUUUAAAGUUUCGAUUAUUGUUAAGUGGAAGCCGAAAUGGAUUUACUCCUAAAAAAUUUCAUACAUUAUGUGAUAAUAAAUAUGAAACUAUUACUUUUAUUAAAGUAAAAGGAAAAGAUGAAAUAAUUGGUGGUUAUAACCCUUUGGUAUGGAAAUCUUCUGGUAGUUGGGGUCUAACUAAACAUAGUUUUAUUUUUUCUUUCAAAGGAAAUGAUAUUAAUAGUUUAAUUAUUAGUAAUAUAGUAAAUGCAGAAUGUGCAUUGAAUCAUGGUGUUUAUCGCGGUCCAUGUUUUGGUCAAGAUAUUGUUAUAUAUUCUCGUAAUGGUGAAUUUCAAAAUUAUAAUUAUAAUUAUUGUGAAAAAUGUUAUUAUGGAAAACAGAUAAGAGAUACUAAAUAUCAAUUUACUAUAGAAGAUUAUGAAAAGGGAGGGCCUGACAAGUAUGACUUGCUUCUCCAUAAGAUCACAGAUCAACUCUCAUUAGAAAGACCUUCAGAUCAGAAGAUCUCCAAAAGUGAGUUUAUCCUUAUGGAAUUCUUGAUUAUUAAUUGUGGUCACCUUGGAAUAUCUAAUACUUUUGCAUUUCCAGACUUUAAUAACUCAUGGAUCGGGGAAGAAAAAUUAUUUUUCCAAACAAAUCUGCAUAUGUUGUGUUGUAAAUGUAAUCUUUCAACUGUAAUAAAAAUAUUACGUGAAGUCUUUGAACCUAAAUAUAUUUAUACUGAAGACAUUUCACAAAAAGAUAUUCGGCAAUAUAAUGCAAUUCAUGAAUUUGCUAAUCCACCAGAUGAAUUAUUAAGAGAAUGGGGAAUUUAUUGCAGACUAGGUAACAAUGAAGUUCUUGGCGAAAUUGAAUUAAAUCAAUAUUGGUUAAAUAAGCCAAAAUUGCUUUAG